AUGUUUCACCGACACUUCAAGUCCUUUCAUCAUCCACUCGUCCGAACGAGGAGUACUCCUACUUUGUGCUCAUCAUCAUCAUCCAAAUUCAUCAUUGAAACUCAAUUCCCAAUUCUUCUGAUGACUUUAGCACUCCUUCUCAUAUUCACCUCUCAUUGCCUUGCAGCAGAGGCUUCACCAACUAGUACCGAGUAUCCUUCCAACGUGGACUUUGACCCACAUGAUGCCCACAAGACUACCUUUUGUACCUGCCAGUGCUGUAAAGAUACCAUGUGCAAUACCAUUCCGAAUGCUACAUUUGCUGUAGCCUCAUGCUUUGAAUGUACUAAAUUUGUUUGUGAUGCUCUCGGAUAUGAAUGUAAAACCACACUCUACCGAGCAUUAUGUGUUCAGAAGAAUGAUAUUAUUUCUCAAAUUCUUGUCAUUAUUGUCUUUGCUUGGAUUUUUUCAAUGGUCAUUGCUGCCAUCGUGAAGGCUUAUUUGUGGCCUCUGAUACAAAAAUUGAUCAAACGUAUUCGAAUGAAAUACAAUAGGAAAUGA